AUGCCCCUGCUGCCCAGUGCUGUGGGCCUGGCAGGCCUGCUCCUCUGGGCAGGUCAGACAGCAGAUGCCUCAGUGGUGACCAAUGCCACCUUAUCCUUGGGCCGACCGGAGGGCAUGGCUGUACGACCUCUGAGUGGCCUCGGGGUGCCCCGGUACCGCCGGAAGCGCCAUAUCUCUGCCCGGGACAUGAGUGCCUUAUUGGAUUAUCACAACCACAUCCGGGCCAGCGUGAACCCACCUGCCGCCAACAUGGAGUACAUGGUCUGGGACGAGCGACUGGCCAGUUCUGCCAAGGCCUGGGCCUCCCAGUGCACCUGGGCCCAUGGGCCCUCGCCGCUGAUGAGAUACGUGGGCCAGAACCUCUCCAUCCACUCGGGCCGGUACCGCUCGGUGGUGGAUCUUGUGAAGUCUUGGUCUGAGGAGAAGCAGCAUUACUUGUUUCCGGCCCCCGGGGACUGUACCCCGCAUUGCCCCUGGCACUGCAGUGGCCCUGUCUGCUCCCACUACACCCAGAUGGUGUGGGCGUCCUCCAACCGGCUGGGCUGCGCCAUCCAUACCUGUGCGCGCAUCAGCGUCUGGGGCAGCACCUGGCAUCAGGCCGUGUACCUGGUCUGCAACUAUGCCAUUAAGGGCAACUGGGUCGGUGAGGCUCCAUACAAGAUGGGGAGGCCAUGUUCCGCCUGUCCCCCCAGUUACCAAGGCAGCUGCAACAGCAACAUGUGCUUCUCUGGGCUCAAAUCCAACAGGCUCCUGUGGACCUGAACUCACCCGGGGCACCUCCAGCUGGGCUCGAUCCUCCAAGGUUGUCCCCCAAAGGCAGAAUGGAAGAAUAAUUUUUUAAAAAAUGUUUUCACUGGUGCAUUAUAAUCAUACGGCG